UUGGCAGCUCUAAGCAGGACUGGGAUCUCUGUCAUAGAAAACUGUUACUUCAUCCAACCUUAACGGGGAACCAUAAGAAAUUUCUUAAAAAUAUAUAUUUUUUUGUUCUUCCUUAUAGUCUUUUCUUUUUUUACCCCAAAAUCUUGUUAUCCAUCCAUGUUGUUAUGAAUUGCCUGCUAUGCUAGCAAAAGCAUCUCCUGUGUUGGCAUUAGAUUUGCCAGAACAUAUGCAGGAAACCAGAUAGAAGGGCAUGCUUCAACGUACCAAGUAUAACCGCUUCAGGAAUGAUUCGGUGACAUCAGUUGAUGAUCUUAUUCACAAUUUGUCCAUGAACAGCAAGGUCUCAGCAGUUGCUACGAAUUCAACAGCACCUUCGUACCUUGUCUCACCAGCAGUUCUCCGCAAGGACCAAGAAGAUGGACCCACCACCUUGUGUACCCUCAUCCAUAAAGUGUCGCACUUGAAACUCUCUCACACGGGCAGUCUUUUGGGUAUCAAAAGCCUCUCCUCUGCAGUAAAGGAGCUCGCUGUCUCCAAGUUGCAGGGAAGCUCGAGUGCUUCUAGCUCAGCAGCAGGGGCUUCAGACAACACAUGUAACCUUGUCUCUGCUGCUUCGUGUUCUCAGCAGGAGGUGAGCAAGAUGAGUAUGGGGAAAAAAACACAGUCAGAGGAAAUGCACCCAGGAGGUGAAGACUGGAAUCAAAGUAGCAGCUUUGUCAAUAAACCCCCUCAAGGAUGGCUGCACUCGAGUGAAAAGAUCCUGGGACCUGGUGUGACGUACAUUGUGAAGUACUUGGGGUGUAUAGAAGUCUUACGCUCAAUGAGAUCUCUUGACUUCAAUACUAGAACACAGAUUGCAAGGGAAGCAAUCAGUCGUGUUUGUGAAGCUGUGCCUGGUGCCAAAGGAGCCUUCAAGAAACGAAAGCCACCAAGCAAAGUUCUUUCUAGCAUCUUGGGGAAAAGCAAUCUUCAGUUUGCAGGAAUGAGCAUAAUGCUGAAUAUCUCCACCACCAGCUUAAACCUAAUGACUCCUGAUACAAAACAGAUCAUAGCAAAUCACCAUAUGCAAUCCAUUUCCUUUGCAUCUGGAGGAGAUCCGGAUACAACUGACUAUGUUGCAUAUGUAGCUAAGGAUCCUGUUAAUCGGAGAGCUUGUCAUAUACUGGAAUGCUGUGAUGGCCUGGCUCAGGAUGUCAUCAGCACCAUAGGGCAGGCAUUUGAGCUUCGAUUCAAGCAAUACUUGCGAUGCCCCUCUAAGAUACCUACUUUCCAUGAUAGGGUGCAGAGUUUUGAUGAGCCAUGGAUAGAGGAAGAUAAUGAGACAAGAGAACAUCCUUAUUACAACAACAUCCCAAAUAAAAUCCCCCCACCUGGCGGCUUCAUUGAUGUCAGGCUCAAAACAAGACUCCCCAGUGUUGCAGAUACAGCUCAGUCUGCAGCAGGAGUGGGAGAGCAAAUCUAUUACCAGAGUCGUCACUUAAGAGACAAAUUCAAUGAAGACUGGCAUCAUGGGCCUGUUAAGCAAGGAUCUCUGGAUAUUUGUAGUAUGCUAGAAGGGAAAUCACAAGUAACCAAAACAGCAGAGAUGCCAACAUACGUGAACACCCAGCAUAUAAAUAUAGAAGCUCUAUUGGCACUUCAGGCAGAUGCUGAAAGCACCAUCAGUGGAACAGCAGAUGAUACCAAAGAGAGCAGCCCAGGAAAAGAUCUGUUUGACAUGACAGAACCAUUUGAAGAUGCCCUCAAGAACCAAACGUCUGAGGCUGUGUUGAGUAAAUCCACCUCCAUUGGAGGCAACAGUCCUCUUUUAUCCAGAGCAUCUGACUGGACUGUAGCUGAAGAGCUGAGUACAGAGCCAUGGUAUCAAGGAGAGAUGAGCAGGAAAGAAGCAGAACAGCUGUUAAAGAAAUGUGGAGACUUCCUCGUGAGGAAGAGUACCACGAAUCCCGGCUCCUAUGUGCUGACAGGCAUGCACAAUGGACAAGCCAAGCAUCUUCUUUUGGUGGACCCAGAAGGAACUGUUCGUACAAAAGAUCGUGUCUUUGACAGCAUAAGUCAUCUCAUCAAUCAUCAUCUUGAGAAUAAUUUGCCAAUAGUUUCUUCUGGGAGUGAACUCUGCCUGCAGCAGCCUGCUGAAAGGAAACACUGACUCCAGAUAAC